AUGUGUUUGAAAGAUACUUGUCUGACAGCUCCUUGCCUCUCCCCGAGAGGAUCUGCUCCCACGCUGUUUCCAGCGGGGACCUCUCCCGAGGAUCGGACCGGAGCGAUCGGCACUCGGCGCCGGGCGCUGCGCCACCGCUGCCGGGAGCGCUCCCGGCGCCGGUCCCUGCCCUCCGCUCCCUCUUGCAGGGCUCGGGCUCACAUUUGCCGUGUCCGUGGGACGCGCGGGGUGGCGGAGGGCCGGCGGCACGGCGGAGCUCCCGGCUGCGGCCCCGCUCCGCUUUUCCACCCGCCCCGGUUAAAAGCCGGCCGUGCCCAGUCCCGGGUCGGCUCUUUUCGCCGCCGGCCGGGGGACACGGACGGGCCGGGACCGGGCCGUGCCUACGGCCUUGUCCUCGAGCCGUCGAGGACCGCCGGGCCUGAGCCCACGCGGGCCUUGCGUGGGGCCCUGCCGAGCCGAGGGAAGGCGACGGGAUUCCCCUCCUCACUGAUCCUGAUGGAACCGGGCACCGAGGCCCGCGGCCGGCAGGGCGAAGAGGACAAGCGAGCAGAGCUGGAGCCGGGGGACCCUUUCUCCUGCAUCUGCCCGGAGGAUGGGGCGAUGCCGAGGCCAUGCCCAGAGCUGCGGUUUGCUAUCACCGUCCAGGGAUGGAGGCGCAGGCUGGGGAGAGAGCCCCCUGCCCUCCGUGCCUGCUGCCGAUGAGGCAGGACCCCUCCUACACCUCAUCCCACUCCAGCCUACCCCAGCGUAUCCCACCCCAUCCCCGCCCAGCCCAGCCUGCCUCUGCCCGCCGAGGGCUCCUCUCUCUGCAGGCCGAGGA